AUGAUCCCAAUCACACCGAUGAUGCCAAACAUGUCCCACAUGGAUACCUUCGUACAGAUGCAAGGGACCCCUUACGACCACGAGAGUGACAAUCAGUUUCUGGCAAUGACCAGCGCUCCAACAAGCAUGAUAGAUUUCGACUCCGCCAAUAUGCUCCCGGACUUUAUGAGCCCUCAGUCGGCCAUGUUGCAGGAUCACACGGAGCACUUCCUCCUGCACGGUAAGAUGGGGAUUCAGACUCCAAGUCAUAUUCCCCUUCCGAUCCAUAUCCCCGAUGGCGGGACGCCGUUUCCCGCUCGCAUGGAAUUGCAGAGCCCCUAUGGUUCCCUGCAGUACCGGCCACCAGCCGGCCUCUCGCCGUCAAGUUCGUCUAGCACCAGUGGUUUGCAAGAGCCGGACGCGGUCGUGGCCGCGCAUCAUGCGUGGCCCUUUUUCCAGUGCAACCGGGUGGACAAGCAGUAUUCCUUUGCGCCCCCCAAGACAGCCGCCAUCUACCUGGAGGGUCUCGCCCAAACACUCCGGAACCAGACCACGUGGACGGCAUGGACGGCUCAGCUUGAUGAGUCAUCGCUGGACAUUUCGACAGAACGGAAGAUCGCGACUGAGCAGAUCGUAGGAUGGUCUCGAGAGAAGUUGCUCGCCAUCACUCAAAGCUUUCUUCACAAGGCGUUGGACAUUCACAAAGCUGAUCGUGCGGCUCGAGAAGACUCACCUUCCAGCCCGGACUCGAGCAGGGAUGCAUUUUUGAUGUUACCCCCGCCUGAGGUCAUGCAGUACUUCCUGAGAAGUUACGUUGUGCGAUAUGAGCCAUACUACUCGUCAGUUCCUGCUGGCCGUCUGGAUCCCAACGUUUUGAUGCAGUCGAACAACAGCAAAGCAGCAAGCCUGCUGAUCUUACUCAUGGUUGCUUCAGGCGCUUCAGCAACGGCCACAGUGGAGGCUAGAUAUGUCGCCAGCGGGUUGACAGAGGCUUGCCGGAUCUCGCUCUUCGACACCAUCGAGAAAGAUGUCCUCCAGUCCCGCGAAGUUUUGGUGCUGCGCUCUGCGCUUCUCUUCACAUGCCUUGCCGCCUGGUCGGGAGAUAAAUGGCACAUGGACAUGGCCAUGGGUCAACGCGGCAUGUACCUAGCUAUGCUCGCACAUUCUGGAAUGCUGGACACCACGGAGUCCGCAAUCGACGUUGGAAAAUGUAAGCAGAACCCUGAAAAAGCAUGGGAGGAGUGGAAGGAACAAGAAGGCAAGCAUAGACUUGCUCACUCGUGGGUAAUUGUCGAUCAGGAGAUGAGCUUGUUUUCAGACACCACUCCCUUGUUAUCAGUAGUAAACCUCCAUGCUCCGAUGCCCGACUCCGAUGACCUCUGGCAUGCAGAGACUCCAUCGGAGUGGGUCGAGCUUCUUGAGAAAGUCCACGGCUCGACAUACCAGAGUCCUGCCUCCGUCAAAGACUUCUUCACCGGAUUCGUCGACGGCGACUUGGCUGGGAAGGAACUUUCGCCGACCCAGCUUCGUUUGCUGUUGCAUCCUAUUCAGGCGCAAGUCUGCCAGCUGCGUCAGUUUAUUGCGUGUCUGCCUGACGGCACCAACCAUGCCAAAGCAUCGCGUGCGAUAUCCAAAGCAGCAACCAUGGCUCGGCUAGAGGAUAUCUCUUCUUUGCUGCAGCACUGGUACUCCAUCAGCAAGCGAAGCUUCGCAGGCAACAAAGGUACAUGUUGGACGACUUGUGCCAAUCUCAUCAUGUAUCACCUAAUAUCGCUGAAUGCCAUAACCAGCUUCAAGGACAUUGAGCAGUUCGCUCGCCGCGAGGUAGCGCUUGGCUCGUUCCGGUACGCGUCGUGGUUGCAAAUGCGAUGUAUAGACCAGGCGGAAGAAGCCUUGUUCCAUUGUGGACAGAUACUUCGCUUGAUUCGAUCGAUGCCACGUCCAGUCCGGCCGCCGUGGUGGUCAGGUGCAGUGUAUCGAGUGGCGCUGACAGGCUGGGCAACCAGCAUGGCCAGCAGCGGAAACGGUCGCUUCUCACCAACGCACGCCUCGGCAGAGCCUGACAGGCCAUUUGCGAUCGACGACCUCACUCCUGAGAACGAGGCGAUCAGCAGAUAUAUGAAGUACCAGGAAGGCACACCCAUGCUCAGCCGCCCUGAUGGGUCCCUUGCCCCAAUGGAUGUCCCUUCUAACGUCCUCCAACACUGCAUAGAAGUGUUGGAGGACGACUCCUCGAUGCGACUGACAGACGGCGUCAAGCGAAAACUCCGCAUCUUCAUGGCCAACUGGAAAGACAAUUGA